GGCUCAUCUGUUCUCCGUGCCUCGUUGCCCCUGUCAUCCGUAACCACACCCUGCCUGUCUGCUUUGUCCACUUUCGGCCGUACAAACUCCCUCUCCGCUGUGGAUACAGAAAGAUCAUAAAAAUGCCGAAAGCCAAGAAGUCGGGCAAGAGGAAGAAGUUUGACUACAACCAAGACCGGAAGAAGCUGAAGAAGAGGUUCAUUAAGAAGUACAAGCCGAGGAUAGAAAGUGCACAAAUUCGAAAUGCGUGGGACGAGAGAAAGUCCACGGCCAGAAACCUGCAGGAGAUGGGUUUGAGUUUUGAUCCCAACCGAACUCUGCCCAUAAAGGAACAGAGUCUCCUGGGUGAAGGCACAAAGAUGAGAACGCGUGUCGGCAUCGUGACCAAGCCCUACGUCCUCAGCCAGCUGCAGGAGGAGGCCAGUCGUCCAGAGAAGGACUCAAAGACGUUGUCGUCCGACCUGGUAGAGUACAUUCAGCACAUGAUCCGAGAACACAAGGACAACUACAAGGCGAUGGCCAGGGACGAGAAGAACUACUACCAGGACACCCCCAAACAGAUCAAGAGGAAGAUCAACGAGUACAAGCGCUGCCACCCGGAGCACUACGACGCCUUCAUCAAGUCUUUAGCUGCUCCAGAGCCGAUGGACCAGUAGAAGACUGUCACUCACUGUGUGUAAGGACAAGCAAGACAGAAGACUGUUAGACUGAGACACGAGUCCAGUAUGUGGACCAUAAUGAACCCACAGUGACAGGAAGUGUCCAGGAGGACUGAGGGAGGGGACAUGUCAGGGGGUUUUGGAUUGUUUUCUGUUUGGUUUCCUGAACAUUUUCCUGCCUGCUAGUUCUGUUAAAACUAUCAGAUACGCAUGAGCUGUAUUAUUUAAUAAUGUUUCACGUCCUAACAUACAGUGGAGAGUGGACGCUUUGCUCUGGUCUUUCCCGUGUCGUCGUCCUGAUCAUCUCAAGCUCACACAGGAGCAUGAGCGUCCAAACUAACACACAACCUGUGUAGACAUACAGGCAGUUCUGUGUUAAAAUGUCCAGAGAACUCGCCAGCCAGCUUGUGACCCAGUUUGUGAGCACAGGAAACUGAUUAACUGGCCUGAUUACUCCCACAUUAAAUAUGUAAUUACAGAACAGAAGUAUUGGACUUAGAUUUUUUUUUUAAGACUUUGUUUAAACUUGCUUUGUUGCCAUAAAAUCAGAAUGUGCUGUGUUGCACCUAGAAAAUAAAAACUUGUAUCUAAAAGUCA